CCCGGCAGGGCAGUCAAAUUCAGAGUCACAUGAACAACCGCUCACAAGGAAGAUUUAAACCCCAAGCAGCACGACUGGGAUCUUUGUGUUAACACACCAUCGGAGGUGCCCAACAUGCUGCUGUCCCUGAUCAGCAUCAUUGUCACCCUGUGGGUCUCCGGGGCGCAUGGGCAAGGAAGAACUUGUGAUUUUCCAGAAAUAAAACAUGGAAACAUAUAUGAGGAAAACAGAUAUAAACAAACCUUCCCCGUUGCUACGGGAAAAUAUUUCUACUACACCUGUGAUCAUAGCUUUGCCUCUCCUUCGCAAUCACUCUGGACUCGAAUAACCUGUACAGAGGAAGGAUGGUCACCUGCGCCAAAGUGUGUCCGACAGUGCUUUUUCCCUUGGGUGGAAAAUGGCCAUUCUGCAUCUUCAGGACAAACACAUGAGGAAGGCGACACUGUGCACAUUGUCUGCGAUACGGGCUACAGCCUCCUGAAUGGCCAGGGUAGCAUCACGUGUCUAGAAAGCGGUUGGUCCGCGGCCCCCACGUGCAGCCGCACCGGUUCCAGUGGAAAGUGUGGGCCCCCUCCCACUAUCGACAAUGGAGACAUCACCACAUUCUCCUCAGCGGUCUACGCUCCAGGAGCGUCCGUGCAGUACCAAUGCCAGGCUUACUAUGAACUGCAGGGAAACAGGGAAAUAACCUGCCAUGACGGACAGUGGUCAGAACCACCCAUAUGCUUAGAGCCAUGUGUCAUAUCAGAAGAAAUGAUGGAAAAACAUAACAUACAGUUAAGAUGGAGGAACGAGAGAAAACUUUAUUCUAAAACAGGUGAUAUUAUUGAAUUUGACUGUCGAUCUUGGCGUCAUCGUCGAAAGUCACCACAUUCUGCAUUUCGAGUAACAUGCCGGGAAGGGAAAAUUGCUUAUCCCACUUGUGAAUAAAAUGAGAGUUAUAGUGCAGUCUUAAAAUUUAAAUACAGACGUUCAUUGAGAAUAUUUUUAUUCCUAAUCCAAUUCUGUUCAAUUUAAUUUUUCAAGUAUGGUUUAAUUCAUGUUUAUUCAUGAGUGAGAAUUUAUGGUAUUAGAUAUCAUUAGUAAUCUGAAAGAUCACUAAAUCACUUCUUAAAAGCAUCACAUUUAAGUGUGGCAAAACAACAUAUUUUGUGUUCUGUUCAUAAAACAUCUGUGGCUAGAAAUUAGAUGCCAUCUCCUCAAUGGCCUGCUGGCACCCAAGUGUUCUCCUCACAUUCUCAAAGCUUUCUCCGUAACUUCUGAGGCAAUUUGAGACUCUUGCUUCAGAGGAAAUGGGAAAAAAUGCUUGUCUCCAUCUUCAAAAUAUACUCACUUCACAAACACACACAAAAAAACAAACUAUGUCACACCCGUGUUGUCAGUAAGAUGUACCGGACUGUGUUCUAAUCACCUGAGCCACCCGGCUACGGCUAACGUUGUAAAUCUUAAAAUACCUGGUCACAGAACAGUUUACCUGAUGCUAAAUAAAUAUAAGAACUGAAA